AAAAUAAUUAACCAACGCCUAAGGUCAGCAUACUCGGAAAGAGGAAAGUCUUGAAGUCGAUUAUUAACCUGGAUUGUUCCUCCGGUGUCUCCCGUCGAUCGAUUGAUCGAUCGAUCCUUUCGUCGGUGGAUUGGUCUCUCUCAUCGUUAUAAUUCUGCAAUCUUCUCCGAUUUCCUCCGAUUUCAUCCCUGUAGUCUCCCAAUUUAAGAGUUAAUUUUUACAUUUUUUAAUCGAUUUAAAUCUCAGUUUUUGUGUUCAUGAUAUUUUUUUGCCGAUUUUUGGUGCUGUCUGGAGAUGAUUUGUUGGAGUAGAACCGUAAUCGGAUGAGUAUAUGUUCGGUGAUUGUGGUUUAAGGCCAGAUCUGAAGGUUUAUAAAUUUUAUUCGUUUGUCUGGAAUCCCUUCCAUCAGGGGAAUUUCCGAUCUCUAUCCAAUAUCUAUUGCCGCGAGAUUGCAAAUCGGCGACAUUUUGGAUAUAUGGCAAUGGAAUUGAAGUGAUUUCACUGACAAGGUCAAGUUUUCAGCCAAUCAUGUCGCAGAGCCCUUCUUGCUCUGGUAACAACACGAACAACAACGAUUCGGGCAACUUCGAAUGCAAUAUCUGUUUCGAUUUGGCGCAAGACCCGAUUGUAACUCUAUGCGGUCAUUUGUUUUGUUGGCCUUGUCUAUACAAGUGGCUUCAUCUACAUUCGCGUUCAGGUGAAUGCCCGGUUUGUAAAGCCCUGAUCGAGGAAGAAAAGUUGGUUCCUUUGUACGGCCGGGGCAAGUCAUCCACCGACCCUAGAUCAAAAUCCGUCCCUGGAAUUGAAGUACCGAAUCGCCCGUCCGGGCAGAGGCCUGAAACGGCCCACCCUCCAGAGCCAAGUAACAACUUUGCUCAUCAUCGGUUCGGGUUCAUGGGAGGGUUUGCUCCUGUGGCGAGUGCACGGUUUGGGAACUUCACGUUUUCUGCAGGGUUUGGCGGUCUGAUUCCGUCCCUAUUUAAUCUCAAUUUUAACGGGUUUCCUGAUCAUGCUAUGUAUGGUGUCGCCAAUAGCUUUCCUCAUGGAUUCUCAAACCCGUUCCAUGGAGGACAUCCUCACGUGCACAGUCCUCGCCGGCACGUAGGUCAUGGACAACAAGACUUUCACCUCAAGGCACUCCUUGUCUUUGUUGCUUUCAUUGUGCUUAUUUCCCUUUUCAUGAGCUAGCAAAAAGCUGCAAUGAUCAAAUCUCUGAUUCCUGAUGGAUGUGGCCUCCUCAAUAAAUGUGCUUUUAACCUGAUAAUGGUUCGUCUUGUUUGUAAAGAAAUUAUUCGUAUCAUACUGUAUUGUUAUUCAUACUAAAGCUUCAUCAGCAAAUAGAUCUGCUUCAGGCUCUGCUUCGUA